AUUUAUAAGAAAAAAUUCUAAUGGCAGAUAGCUUUAAUUCAAGAUAAAGUGGAUAAUUUUAUAAUUUUGUGGGCACUGCGGGUACAGCCGAUUUCUAGGCUGGAUCUGGUUAGGAAUAAUAAUUGAGUUUUGGUAAAAACUAUUUGGGGUAUGGUGAUCAAUUAGCGGGGAGUUUCUAGAAUAAUUAUUUGCAAUAUCCUGCCUUGGAUUAAGAUAUGAAAAAUAGUCUAGAUCAAUUUUACGAAAUGAAAAUCGACGAUGUUGACAAUUAGUUGAUUUAAGAAGAGUCAUCAAAUUAAUCGAGACAGAAGUAAUCAAUACAAUCAGAAAGAAAUAGUCGAUCCCAAUAUUCAGGAGAUCAAGAAUAUAGAUUAGAAUCGGCUGACUAAAUCAAUAGUAUAUUUAAACCUGAAGUAAAAUUGCAGAUACCUCAAAACUAAGGCAAGAGCAUAUAUAGAGAAAAGAUAGAAUCGUUAUUAGAGAAAAGAACUUCAAACAACAAUUCUGUGUCUCCAUCAAUAACACCUAGAUCAUCAAAAAGUUAAUAAAAACUAGAGAGAAAGAGAUCGUAGAAUUUACAAAAUGAAACAUCAAACGAAAUUGGUGACCCUACACAAGUGAAAUUGGCAAAGAAUAGAGAAUCAGCCAAGAAUUCAAGAGAGAGAAAGAAAAUAUAUCAAUAAUUGCUUGAAAAGUAGGUUGCUGAACUUUAAGAAGAAAACGAAAAACUAAAGGAUAUAUGCAAGAAUUAAGCUCAUUCUAUGGAGAUAGUAAAUAAAAAAACUUAGAAAUUUUAAACAUUUUUAGAGCAGCAAUAGCAAAUGUUUGAAAAAUUGGAAUUAUGUAUAAUAAAAAAAGUUAGCGAUGACGAAAUCGGUAUCAUCAUGGAUGCAUUGAGAUAUAGAAUUCAAUCAAAUUCAAAGGAAAGAAAUGACACGGCAAGAGUGUACUUUGAUAGCAUAGCUGAAAUCUUAUUGCCAAUGUAGGUUAAGUAUUUGCUUUAUGCAUGUUCACAUUCAAAGGACAUGUUUGCGAAUUCUGACUAGUAUUACAUUUUUUAUCUUUUAAGGGAUUACACUGACUGGAUGAAAGGUGGUUUUGAAAAUACAAACGUUAAAUUUGAGAAUCUCACAAAACUGAAGAAGUUUCAAAUGAAGGUGUAAUAGUUAAAAUCAAAUAUUUCAGGUUCUUUAGAUAAAAUUAAAAAUGAAAUCAAAUCGAUCUAGGAUCAAGCUUCUAAACUGGACCAAGUUUGGGAUUCUCUAAAAUCUGUUCUGAACCCUUUGUAGUUGAGCACAAUGAUUUGUUCACUCUAUCAUAAUUUAUAUAGGAAUGAAUUAUAAACAAGUACUCUAUUUGAUUAACUGCGAAAUUCGUAGGCUGAAGAGGAUGAUUUCUAGUUUAAGAUUGAAGAAGAAAUAAAUUUUGGUAUAAAUAAAAUGGUUAAAAGGUGUUGA